AUGAAGCGGGGAUAUUCAUUUCUCGAUCAGGCUGCGGCUGAGCUUCAAGUUGGUGGCGUUCAUGCAGCCGUUGUUUGCGAGUGCAGCAAAGCGUUUGAGCACGCUGCUGGAUUUUCAGCUGCACAGCCGCCUCCAUUGUUUCAACCCCCCAGCAUUGUCCCUAUCGCAAAUUCUUACUCUCGCAUCAUCAGCUCCAUCUGUCGCUCUACUCGAGCACCUGAGAUGGAUCCACUGAGCGUGAUUGCCUCCGUAGCGGGGAUUGCGACCGCUGCAGGCGAGGUAAUAAAGAUUCUCAGCCCAUACGCAACUGCAACUAAGGACGCUCCUAAGAUUGCGGCUGAAGUCUCCUCUGAGGCCCUUGCGAUUCAAACUAUCAUCACCGGGCUGGAACAUCUCAUCAACAACUUCUCCGCCGCUAAUGUUAGAUACGCAUCACUGAUCCAGGUGGAUCAGCUUACCGCGGUGCUUUUCGAUGGGGUCAAGAUAUUUUCCGAGCUGUUAGCCGUGCUGCAGACGCUGCCGCCACUCGAACUCAGCAGCCCUGGUGGAAGCCUGUGGACGCCCAUCCAAUGGGUUAGAAAGAAGAGCUCUUUAAAUGCCAUACUUCACAGACUGCAGGCAUUCAAGUUGUCUAUUACCUGCAUCUUGAGCAUUCUCCAGAGUGAUUCUCAAGCAAGAGCCGAAGAAAGCCAACAGCAGUUGAUUGCAGCAGUAGAUGACCUGCUCAGAGGUAACACUGAUCUGUCCAGGCGGAUGGUGGAAAUGGAAAACACUAUAGAUACAAUGUCGCAUCGCCGAGCAACCAUCCAGUCCACGAGAGAUCUGGAUGCCCAGAAGGGGAAGGGCACGUCAUCUCAGCGGUCCUCUCUCUUGGAAUUUGACUUUGAGCACGACCUCAAACUAUCUCGUGUUUACCGUCAUGCGAAGAGAGACACCAUGGACUUUUCAGCACGCAGCUCCGUGGCCCGGACCCACGCAUGGUCUAGCUUGUCUGGAAUUAGUCUGAGUGACAUAUCUCACAUUUCCGUCUUGGCUCUUCCGUUGUACGUUGAGGACAUCUCGAAUCCAGAGCAUUACAACUUUGGGCAGGAAGCAUUCCAGCCUGCACCCUUACUUGCUUCAACUAUCCUCACGAGGUCGGUCUACCAUGACUGCAUUGAAGUGCAACUUCAGUUAUCGCAGUUUGUAUGGUUCUCACAAUUCCAGCUGCAGAAAUCCUCUGAUAACGAAAAUCCACUGUCCAACUUGAUCUCCAUAUUUAGGCUCGGGACACCACUGCUGAUGCUCUUCAAUCAGCUCGACAGUUCACAUCGCGAACGCUGGAAAGACUUGAUCUCGUCGAGCCUAUCUGACGAGGUGUCAAAGGCUGCGAUAACCGAGUUCGUUGACGCUUGCAUGAAACGUUCGGAUAUCCCACCAUCCCAUUGCAUUCCCGAUACGGAUAUUCUACUCGACGAUACGACAUCUCAUGUGAAGAAGGCCAUCAACCUAGUGCGGCUCCUUCUAGCCAUGCUAACCAAAACCGGUAUGAUCCAAGGGAUUGUAUUUGAAUCUGCACCCAAUAUCUUUGCCGUGGAGCCCAAUCCAGCAGGUUUGGCUGUGGAUGCAUUCCUCUGCGACGAGAGGCUUUAUCUCAAGAAUCUGGAGAGCCUCUUCGAAAACUCCCAGAAGAUCGGAUCAUCUCGCUUGCUUCCGACGGAUACUUUAGACCCCCUGUCUGCGCUCGUCGGCCCACUGGUCAAUGCUCAAAUAAAGUUUCUAAUACAAGCAGAAAUGCAGGUUUCAAAAACGUACUUAUGUCAAAAGUGGCAGCUGGCCUUCCAGGAAUGGGCAAUAAAUUCAAGUGCCUGUUAUACCGCCCUCGUCACGGGGGAAGCAGAAUUUAAAUUAGUGGUCAGAGCUGCAUUCUUAACGGCCGAUAUUCACGACGAUGAGCUUCGGAGCUUAUUAGGCGACGUUCUAUCGAUACUUGGCCUCCCUUCUCAACGGCUAGACCAAUAUGAUGCUUUUCUACAGGAACUAGCUCAAUAUGGGCUCCAUGAGCCUUAUCACAUACGAUCUGCACAAAGAAGUCUAAAAACUGUCAAGGAUGCUGUUGAAAAGUCCAACAUUGCUUGGGAACUCAAUCGUGCUAAAGCCGUGCUGUCUAAAGGCCAAGAUUACGAGACAAAUAAGGUUGUUUGGGGACUUGGUAAACUCUUGAUGUUUGACAAAGUUGAUAUAAUGGACGCCAGGCAAGAAAAGAGCCAGCCUUUUCUUUUCGAGAAGGGGAUUUUGCAAGCAGUGGAAUCGUUCCCACAGGGGCGACGAAGAGGUAUGCUGGGAUAUAGGAGGCCUUCUUUCCCGGAACUCCAGAAAAUCCGGCUGUCUAUUAUUCAAAUCAUUCCUGCGAAGGAUAUUGAACAAAUAUGGCCAGUACAGUUCAGCCAAGGGAUAGAAACGUUCGUAAACCCCGACCUUUCCGAACAUUUUGACCCCUCUGAGAAAGACACAUAUCGUAGACAAUGUGUCAUCGACAAUCAAGUUGCUUGCAUCGACGUAAUUGACACAACUGGGCAAGAAGAGUAUUCUGCAAUGUUACAACAGUAUAUGAGAACAGUGGAAGGCUUUAUGCUAGUCUACAGUGUCACGAGCCGUCAGAGCUUCGAAGCAAUCACCACCUACUAUCAUCAGAUUCUCAAGCUAAAGGACAAGGAUCACUUCCCGAUGAUCAUAGUUGGUAUUCAGUGCUUCCCGGAAUCGCUGAGAGAAGUCAAAACGCAGGAAGGUGAAUCUUUGGCCAAUCAACUCGGUUGUAUAUUUGUCGAGGUAGAUGCUAAGUCCAGUAUUAAAGUAGAGGCAGCAUUCUUCGACUUGGUACGGGAGGUUCGACGGUACAGCCGUGUAAUCCUUGGGUGUCAAUAA